AUGAUUCUAGCAGCAGACGAUGAUCCGCAUGCUCACGCACAUGUUGGCUAUCUGGGCAAGGUGAAACUGUCAGUCCAAUCGACUUUUCACCGUAUCAACGACAGGGAGUGGUAUUGUGUCGUCGAAGAUGACAGCCUGCCUCCCUUGACCCUGAACAAAUCAAUGCAGCCCAAAAAGAGUACAGAACCAGAGUCUGAAGCCUUACCGAUUGGCAUGCAGGUGUCGAAAAAGAAGAAGCGCGAGAAAGCCGAAGCCCGCAAAAGGGCUAAAGAAAGGGAUAGGAAGGAGACGGAAUUGGAGGAAGAAGACGAGAACCAAAAAAGAAAGGAGGCGAGAGAAGAGCUCAAGAGAGAAGCGCAAGGGACUUCCCAGCGAAGUGCAGGCCAGAAGUGA